AUGGGUUUCUCGGCUCCUAAAUUCUUCACCAUCUUUGUGUUGCUCUGUCUUGCCCUCCUAUUUUUCACCACACAGGAGGUACAAGCAGAUAUUUGUAAAAGGCGUAGCAGAACAUGGAAAGGGCCUUGUCUUGACAACAAAAGCUGUAGAGAUCAGUGCGUUAACGUGGAACACGAAAACGCUAUAUUCGGGGGUUGCCACCAAGAUGGCUUUGGUUUUGCGUGUUUCUCAUCAAGCAUGGCUUCCUUUGCUCCUAAGUUCUCAACCAUCUUUGUGUUUAGCCUCCUCCUUUUCUUCAUAUGGGAGGUACAAGCAGGAGAACCUUGUCAAUGUCGUAGCAAAACAUGGUUUGGGCCUUGUUUUGAUUCGAAUGGCUGCAAAAAUCAAUGCAUAAAUCAGGAACAGGCUAAUUUUGGGGCAUGUCACCGUCAGGGCAUUGGAACAGCGUGCUUCUGUUACUAUACGUGUGGAACUCAACCUUGCUAG